ACUCCCAGCCUAACAUCUCGCGCCGCAAAACUAAUCUUGCACGCCCCAUUGAUUGCUCAGCUCCGCACACGACCUACCUUUCCUCCGCGGCAUCCGGAGAGUAGCAUGCUAGACUCCGCAUCCGCGUCCACCGUCGUCCUCCUCGCCGCUGCGUCAACCCUCCUCGUCGCCGCUAUGUUGUAUCCGACGUCGCUCCUCCGCUGGCUGCAGCGCAAGCGCUACCAGUACGAAGUCACCUUCUCGCUGUACAUGCUCACGUCGACUGAGAAGUUCAUCCUGAACUCGAUUCUCUUCCUCCUCCUCUCCCUCUUUAUCAUCGCCGCCUCGCUCUAUCUCCCCGAGCACAUCGCCUUUAUGGCAAACCGCAUGUUUUAUUACUUCUCGGGCGACUCGUCGCACUUCACCACACAGGCCGCGCCAAAGGCCGACUUCGCGACCGCCGCCGUCACGCAGAUGCUCAGCAGCGGGGAUGCGUUACGAGGGCCCGCCGCGGGACACGAGCUAUGAUCGCAAGUCUAGGCAGCGCAUUGAAGGGUUUUGGUCUGAAUCUGGUUUUAUUUGGGGAAAGAUGGGAUAACACGGUCGGUGGGAGAGGCGUGGCCGCCGGCCACAGCGACGGACUGCAUGUACGGAGACGUCUGCUGCCGAGCCGACAUGCGAGGCGACGGCGGCAUAACAGCGGGCGUGCGCCUUGAAUGUGCUCGCGCUUCGCAUUUGGGCAUAGGGAUACCCAUGCACAUCAUAGACUCGGGCGUUAUCACAGUCCUACCCAUGGCGCUCGCAGGCCCUGCCCGGGCUGUGGUCGUAUCACACUCGAUACCUGCCGCAUACGGCACACUACUUAAUGUUAAUGAUUCACC